GCAGAUCGAAAUUGAAGAGCAGGUUUCUCUGGAAACUGCGGCAGUUCAGUACCUGAAUAUCCUCAGCUCCUCACGCACUUUCCUUCUUUUAAAAACUUGCACUUUCACUCUUCUCUCUCUAUGUAUAUAUAAAAACGCCCGUUCACCAACUCUGCCAUCCCCAUUUCCACAGAGAGAGAGAGAGAGAGACGAACAAGGGGUUCUUUGCUUCAAACAUGCCAGGGGAUGAUAUUGAAAGAAGAGGAGGAGGAGGAGGAGGAGGUGGUGGAGUGAAGAGCAGAACAAACAACAGCUACCUGUCAUCGUCUUCAUCUUAUUUGAUUGAAGAUAAAGAGUCCCAAUGGACCUCGUGGCUCGUGCCUAUGUUUGUGGUGGCAAAUGUUGCUGUCUUCAUUGUUGUCAUGGCCAUCAAUAAUUGUCCCAAGCAUUUUCAUUCUCGGCUCGAAGGGAAGUGCGUUGCAAGGUUUCUUGGGAGAUUCUCUUUUGAGCCCUUGAGAGACAAUCCUCUCUUUGGUCCCUCUUCCGCUACAUUGAAGAAGUUGGGAGCUCUUGAGUGGGAAAAAGUUGUACAUAAGCACCAGGGAUGGAGGCUUGUUACUUGUGUUUGGUUGCAUGCGGGUAUUAUCCAUCUUCUUGCAAACAUGCUGUGCUUGGUCUUCAUUGGUAUUCGCCUCGAGCAGCAAUUUGGGUUUGUUCGCAUUGGUAUUAUCUAUCUGUUGUCUGGAUUUUCUGGGAGCGUGCUUUCCUCUCUAUUCAUUUGGAACAGCAUCUCUGUUGGUGCAUCUGGUGCACUUUUUGGGCUUCUAGGAGCAAUGCUUUCUGAACUAAUUACAAACUGGACUAUUUAUACUUACAAGGCUGCAGCACUGUUUACACUUCUAGUCAUCGUAGCCAUCAACCUUGCAAUUGGAAUUCUGCCACAUGUUGAUAAUUUUGCCCACAUCGGAGGAUUUUUGGUGGGGUUUCUUCUUGGUUUUGUUUUGCUGCCUCGUCCUCGAUAUGGAUGGUUAGAGCGUCAAAAUCUUCCUGCCAGUGUCAGUGACAAAUCCAAGUACAAAACAUACCAAUAUGUGUUAUGGCUGGUUUCUCUGAUUCUCCUAAUUGCAGGAUUCAUUGUUGCAUUGGUGAUGCUUUUCCGGGGAGAGAAUGGGAAUGAUCACUGCCAUUGGUGUCACUACUUGAGCUGCGUACCCACUUCCAGAUGGAACUGUGAUGAAAACUAGCCUAGGAGAGGGGGACUCCAUGAUUGGUGUAUUAUCGGUUUCCUCGUGUAAAUGCUUAGCAGUAGCUUAGGAACCCCUGCUGGGUUUGCUUAUUUAACUUUCUUGUAAUUGCAUUUAUAUCUGAUUUUGGCUAUUCAAUAUGAUAGAAUUCUUAUC